GUAAUCAAAAGAACGUCAACACUCAUAAUUGUGGAAAAAUAAAGGUCGGGGCAAAACGGACUACUGUGUAUGCAUUGGAGGGACAGGAUGUCAACAUGGUGGCUGAUGUCAAGGACAAUGAUCUGAAACAGUUGACAGUGAGAUGGAUCGGAAGAAGAGGCUCGGCUAGCAUCACUCAUAGACAACUCACAAAAGAAUUGAAUGCGCAACGAGUCAACAUCGAUGAUGACCAAAUACACUUGACUCUCAAGUUGAUCAAUCAAAACCUAAAUGGAACUCAGUACAGAUACCUGGUGUACAAUAACAUGGGACAAAACUAUACUAGCGCCUGGGCACGUCUCAUUGUAGGGAACAAACCUGAUAUUCGAUUAGCAUCUCAUUUAUCCAAAACCAAACUAAAUGCCACAGAAGGAGACCUACUCCCUCCAAUUUGUAUAACCAUGUCGGGAUUACCCUAUCCCAACAUCUCCGUGUAUCAGUUUACUUCAGAAAUCCAAGAAACAAAGCAUAUUGAAAGGGAAAACUACAGUUUUGUAAAAGGAUGUUUACACAUGGGCCGGGUUGAGUCAGCUGACAAUGGCAAGCUAGCGGUUGUAGCAUCCAACUGUUUCGGAUCAUCAUCACUGGUUCUAGAUCUCACCGUACUUCAAUCAUAUCCAUGCGAUGAGAUCACAGAUGCUCCCACAAACCGUGAAUUGCCAUCAGGAUCAACACAAGAACAAAUAAACAAUGGCGACAGAUUAGCAGGGACACCAACCAAUGUAUGGAAGAUUCCAAGUGGCAACAACAAUCUAAUCACAAUCAAUUUGGCUGACGUCACUGCUACACCAGACAGUUCUCAUAACAAGAACAAUCAAGUAACUAAAUCAGUGGCACCACCAACCCUACCCACUGGUGGCUCGUUAUCCAACAAAAAUUCUCAUCCAUCAAGUCCUUCCGAUCUUGCCACAAGGAAAGUAAUUAAUGGCAACCCAGAUGAUGCCAAUAAUGCUGCAGGCCUGACUCCGUCACAAAAACAUGUUGUACCCACCGAUGUAUUACCUAGUCAAGGUUUGGUUGGACAGUCAGUUACUCCUUCUCACGAAUCCACCAUGGGACCGGUAGUGGACCAGAAUGUUCGUCCUGCAGCUCCUGGAAAACCUGAGAUUUUUGCUUACACCGAGACAACCGUUCAUUUGAAAUGGAGUGAAGGAGACAAUGGCCAGCCAGCGAUCACAGGAUAUAAAAUUGAGUUUAAGAUGAUACCAGGAGUGUGGCAACAUUUGACUGGUGUCAAGAUUUCAUCAACAGAAUUUGUGAUCGAAAACCUGAGACCCAACACAACCUACCGAUUUCGACUGAGAGCCGUAAAUAGUGCUGGUCAAAGCCCUUGGAGCAAACCAUCGACAAUCGUUACGACUAGAGACAGCGAUGACAAUGUAAACUCAUUGACUACUUCUGGAGCCGACAUUGUACAGCAAGGAUCUCGUGGGACGAGUAGUGCAAGACCAUUGACACCAACCGCCAAGUCAAAGAUACAAGGGACAAAUAGAGAUCCGACAGACACUGGUGUACAGACAUAUGUCAGUGUAUCAGAUAAAGUCAGUGUCACCGAAUCAGUAAUGACAACACCAACACGAUCCACAUCACAAGGAAACAUGGUAUCCGACGAUGUGUCACAAAUGACCCCAAAACCAUCUCAGUUGGUAACACAUGCAACUAAUGGUAUGGAGAACUUUUGGUCUGUAAGAGAUGACAUACCAAUUUUUUCUCUAGCUGACUUGGCAACUAUACAACAGACGACAGAAAGGCCUCAGAAAGGUAGCCUAAGAGUUAUUGCUGCUAUGCAGUCUGAGUUGCGACCGGGACCUCCUACUGAACUCAAAAUUGUAUCAUUUACUGCAAUGACUGCUCAUUUGAAAUGGGAAAAAGGAUUUGAUGGACAUUCACAAAUCAGUAGAUACAAACUGGAAUAUAAAAUAGGAACGGGCGUGUGGCAACGGUUCCCUGGAUUGAAAAUUCCUUCGUCAACAGAAUUUGUGAUUGAGAAUCUCGUACCGAACACGAGUUAUAAAUUUCGAAUAAAAUCCUUCAAUGAUGUGGGCUCUAGUGUGUGGAGCAAACCGUCACUCGUUAUCACAACUAAAAUUCAAGAGAGCUACAGCAAGUAUUCGUGA